UUUUAAAAUACAGAAGAAAAAAACAAUAAUAAAUACAAUAACAAUAAAACUAUGUGAAAACGCACGUUGGCUAGUCCAAGGUCGGUUAGUGGUAGGUGUACGCAGAAUAAUUUUUAGAGAGGUGCGUGAGCGUCAGUUAGAACCAUUGCAGUCUGCAGACACUAGCCCAUUCGUCCUGUAGCACAUUAAUUAUUUUAUUUUCACGUAUACGAUUAUUUUUAGUUCUUCCGUGUAAAAAACAAACAUUUAAUAUGAAGUUAAUUACAUCAAUAUCGUUGAUGUGUCUAAUUGCCUUCUUUGGAUCAUGCGAUGGUUUAAAAUGCUACACUUGUGGUUGGUGGAGUAAAAAUUGUGGUGAUCCAUUUAUGAAGGAUGAUUAUCUAUUAGUUGAAUGUAACACUCGAGCAAUUAACGAAUUCAACCGCGAACUAGGAAAUACUAUAAACACAGCAAGUAAUGCACUACAAAAUUUCGCAAAUCAAGUGGGAUUCAAUAUGAAUCAAAACAACAAUUUCAAUUUACCUACCAUUAGUGAUGAUUCAGUUGGAUGUACUAAAGUAGUACUCAAACAUGGAGAAGACAUUGUACGAGUGGCCCGAGGAUGUGUUUAUAUUAAAGCAGAUUUGUGUAAGGGAAUGCAGAGGCUCGACGAUGAGUUGAAAACCCUGAAAUACUGCGGCACAUGUGAUGAUGACGGAUGCAAUGGUUCUCGAGCGUUGGAGUCUUCCACGAUUGCAAUAAUAUUGACCACAGUGGCUACGUGUCUAUUUUACAGAAUACAUUAAAAAACCUAAAAAUAUUUUACUAGCUAUUUGUAUUAUCAUUAAGUCAAUAAGUGUACCUGAUAUUUUGUUAUUGCCCUAUUCAACUACAAAUGGAAAUAUUUUCUUUAUUUUCUUUAUCAUUUUUUAUGUUAUAUAGUUCUAAAGAAUACAUUUACAUAUAUUUAAAUAUAAUUAUGAUGUUCUUUUUUCUUCACAAAAUCAUAUUUUGGAAAGUUCUAUGGCCUGCUUUUUUGCUAUUGGCUGCAAGAUAUUU